CCCCCCCGACCCUCCCCGCCUCCGUGGUUCUAGUAUCUUCAGUCCUUUGGCCAGCCACCAGCAGGUGGGCAGAUGCCUCUGCGUGUUCCUACGGACGCUCAGGAAGAGCGAGUGCGCAGGAGUCAGCAGCCGAGGUCCCAUCUCUCAGCGGUCCCGGAACAGCUCAAGCAGGGAAAAGGGACGCUCCCCAGAAUGUGAGACUCCCACCAGGAAAGGCUGUCUGUUUGACAGCCCCUACGACCUAAGCGGACCGUGCUGCCACCCCGAGUUGUCCUUUGAGCGUGCGGGAGUCAAAGGUGUUGGGCCAGAGCAGCAGCAGCGAUUCCUGUAUCUCUUCGAGACGGCGCCAACCCGCACCCAGCCUAAGCUUCAGGCAGCCCCGAGACGUCCUUUAGUGCGCUGAGAGUCAGCGCGGCCCGGGGUCCCGGUGACCCUGGAAGCCCCUGCAGGAGCUCCCUCGAUUCCCACCAGGCAGCCUGCCUGCCAGCGUGGAAGAAACCUGGAAAGGCUGGAGUGAACAGUCUUGAGACCACGGAGAGAGGAGGGGCGUCCUGGCCCAGGCCCUUCCCCACGCGGGGCGACCGUGGUCCCCAGACCUGCGGGCCAUGGCGGACAGUGGCGGCUCCACCAGCAGCUCCAGUCCCUGGUGGAAAUCACUAACCAGAAAAAAAAGCAAGGAGGUCACUGUGGGGGCGCAGCCUCAUGUUCAGCCAGAGGCCGAGGAUCAGUCACCACCUUACUUGGAUCGGACUAGCAGCUCUCGAGAGAACCAGCAUUCCCAUGUCCUUGGGGACACCGGAGAGCCUCCAGAUAAGUUGUGUGAGGAGAAAUCCGGCAAUAGCCGGCGCAAUUUGAAGAUCUCGCGCUCAGGCCGAUUUAAGGAGAAGAGGAAAGUGCGUGCCACACUGCUUCCUGAAGGAGACAGGUCCCCUGAGGAGGCUGACUUUCCAGAUGACCCCCAGGGGGACAAGCAAUAGCCUGAGCAAGCUUCUGAGAGAGAGAGAGAGAGAGAGAGAGAGAGAGAGAGAGAGAGAGAGAGAGAGAGAGACACAGAGACAGAGACAGACAGAGACAGAGACAGAGAGAGACUAUUACCCAAGUUCAGAAUAUUCAGAGGCCCAAGGCCUUCAAUAUUUAAAUUUUUUCCAGAAAGUGAAAUGUCAGCGGAGUCUUCAAUAUUCCAUGAUCAAAGACGAGUAAGUAUUUAUUUGUGGGAAGGAUAGGUAUCUGCUUCCGAGGAAGUCGGCUUUUUAGAAAGUUAUUCUGAGGCCUCGCUGUUGUUCCCAUCACCUGUGGGAGUGAAAAGGCUGAAUGGAUCUCUUGGAGGCAAUAAGUAUGUAAUCAUUUCUCCCGCUUCCCAGAUGAGGAAGUCGUGCUCUUACCGAGAACUCCAGAGAGCAAAUUACAGUACUGUUUUCAAUGACUGAGACAUGCACUUUAGGGUACUACCCUAGAUUUAUUCCUAUGUGAAGGGGUGGGAGAGAACCCCCGCUCCUAGUUUAGAAGCGUUGAGAAGAUUGUUUUAAAUGAGGACUGCAAAGCUGUAUGCCUGUUUAUUGUGCACUAUUAAAAUUAUUGA